AUGACGCUCCACUCCAUAGUGAUACAGAAGCUCCUGAGCACCAACGCCCACUUAGGGCGGCGCGUGGCCGCCCACCACUUCAAGCAGUUCACCUACGGCCACCGCAACAACAUGGCCAUCAUCGACUCGGACCGCACUCUCAUCUGCCUCCGUAACGCCGCCCAGUUCAUCGCCGCCAUGGCCCACAGCAACGCCCGCUUCAUGUUCGUCAACACCAACUCCCUCUGGGACGAAAUUGUCGAGCAGAUGACCAAGAAGAUCGGCUGCUACUCUCCGGCCAUGAACAUCCUCUGGCGCACCGGCGGCUUCCUCACCAACAGCCACAGCCCUAAGAAGUUCCGCUCCCGCCGUAAGAAGAUCGUCUUCGGUCCCACUCAGCCGCCGGACUGCCUCGUCGUCUUCGAUUCCGACCGGAAAUCGUCGGCGAUUCUCGAGGCGCAUAGGCUGCAGAUUCCGAUUGUGUCCCUCGUCGACUCCGAUAUGCCGAUUGAGUACUUCAACAAGAUCACCUAUCCGAUUCCGUGCAACAAUUCGUCGGCCAAGUUCGUGUAUCUGUUCUGUAAUUUGAUCACCAAGACGUUCUUGCUUCAGCAGAAGCAGCGCGGCCACGUUUCGGCGGAGAUUGACACCAGUGAGCAAGUCGGGGCUAUAGAGGAGGCUAAGAAGGAUGAGCUGCUUGUGGUUCCUUACGAGUUCUUACACAUUUCUACUGAUGUUGAGAAAAUUGAGGAGAUGCUGGACAAGCUUGUUGUCAUCAAGUUCAACGGAGCUUCGGGUACAAGUAUGGGAGUCAGUGGCCCCAAGUCGACUAUGGAGAUUCUUAAUGGGUUGACAUCUCUUGACUUAAUUGUUAAUCAAAUUGAGUCUCUCAAUUCUAAGUAUCACUGCAGUGUUCCUUUGGUCGUUGUGAACACAAAUAGCACCCAUGAAGAUACGCUGAAGGUCUUGGAGAAAUAUUCGAGUUCGGACAUUAAUAUUCAAUCUAUUAAACAGACCCAACAUUCACAGCUCAAGUCACAGGGAGGACAGAGUGGUGAGGAUGAACUGUAUCCCUCUGACCACGGAGCAGUAUUGCUUUCGCUAUUGAAAAAUGGAACCCUUGAUGUCCUAUUAUCGAAGGGGAAGGAGUAUGUCCUUUUGGUUGACUCAGAUAAUGUGGCUGCUAAAAUUGACCCUAAAAUUUUAGACCAUCUGGUUGAGAACAAGAUUGACUAUUGUAUGGAGGUCACACCUACCUCCUCAUAUGAUUCAGAUUUGAUUGGUUCACGCCUACAGAAGUUUGAGCUUGCAGAAAUAGCUCAGAAUUCUGUCAAAGAUUCAAUGGAGAGGUUCAAACUUGUCGAUACUGGGAGCUUGUGGGUGAAUGUUAGAGCCAUUAAAAAACUCUUGGAUACAGAUGAACUAAGGAUUGAAGAUAUAUCCGUUUCGAAGGAAACAGAGUCUGAUCAAGUUCUUUUGCAAGAAACAGCAGUUGGUUCAGCAAUACGGUUCUUUAAAAAUGCUAUUGGUGUCAGCGUUCCUAAUUCUCAAUUUCUUUCAAUGAAAAAAACAUCAGAUCUGCUUCUGCUGAAGUCAAAUCUAUAUACAUAUGAUGAAGGGGUUGUAGUUCGGAAUAUAGCUAGAACUAACCCGGCAAAUCCUGUGAUCGAAUUAGGGCCUGAAUUUGAAAAGGUGAGUGAUCUUCUAAGUCGCUUUAAGUCCAUGCCCGACAUUAUUGACCUGGAUAGCUUGAAUGUCACUGGUGAUGUUUGGUUUGGAGCUGGUAUAACUCUCAAGGGGAAAGUGGCUAUCCAUGCAAAACCUGGAAUGAAAUUGGAAAUUCCGGAUGGAGUAGUAUUAGAGAAUGAGGACAUCAAGGACCCUUCAGACUUAUGACCAUGAUAUUAAGUAGCUUGGAGAACGUUCACAAAAUCACCAAGUGAAUUAAGUAGUGUCUUCCUCUAGAGCCAUUGUAGUAGAUUUGCCACAGCUACAGCUGCCAUUAACAGUUUUCCAUUUAUGGUGCACUUUUUUCGUCGAGAUAGUGUAUGGAGAGAUGGAGAGGAGCUGCCCGCUUGCAGGUCCUAUUUUCAUAGAGAGGCUCAAGACCAAAACAAUCAUGUUGUGUUUUGUUCUUUGAAGAUCAAUCAAGUACCAAUUGAUUCCUUGAUUGUCAUUUAAUUUUGAUCAUGGUGUGCAACAAAGAGCGUGGCCACAGUCUAUAUGGGGAUUUCACUUGCUUUGCUAGAUUGAUCGAUGCAUUUUUCCUUUAGUCCCCACUCCAAAUUGUAAUCUAUAUUUCUUGUAGUUGAAUAAAGAGCAGUUUUUCACUUCAUUGGGGAGUUAUUUUGUUUCAAAACAGCCUCUUGUGUUUGUAAGAACAUAGGUGGACUAUUAGAAACUGGAAUCAAAUUGCUCCCAUCUUUUUCCUCC